AUCAGUGCGCAUGCGUGGGUUUGACCUGCGGCAAAGAAGAAGAAAGUCGCUUUGAGUCAGAGCUGCAGAAACCACAGGACUGCUUCGUUUAUCCGCCAUGAAAAACCUGCACUUCAAAGAUUUCUUCUGGAACUCGGACCUGACCUGCACUGGAGGAUAUGAUGUCAUCAUUCAGUAUCUCAAUGAUGGCAAGAGAACGUGCAAGGAGGUGGAGGACUUCCUGAAGGCCAGGGCUUCAAUUGAAGAGAAAUACGCCAAAGAUCUCCUUGGUUUGUCCAAGAAGGUUUGUGGACACAAUGAGAUGAACACAUUGAAAAGAUCGCUGGAUGUGUUCAAAUUACAGACUGAACAUGUGAGUCUAUCACACCUACAACUGGCACAGAGCAUGAAGGAGGAGGCCAAGAAACUGGAGGAAUUCAGAGAAAAGCAAAAAGAAGUGAGGAAAAAGACUGAACAACAGAUCGAUGCUUUGCACAAACAGAAGUCUUCACAGUUCAAGAAGACAAUGGAUUCAAAGAAGACGUAUGAGCAGAAGUGCCGAGAUAAAGAAGAAGCUGAUCAGAAUGUGAAUCGAAACACCAACACUAACAACACUAAGCACAUGGAGAAGCUCUACUCAAAAGCGCAGCAAGCAAAGCAGAACUCAGAGGAAGCAGACAGGUUAUACCAGCAGAAUGUGACCACAAUGGGGAAGGUCAGGGACGAAUGGCUGAAGGAACAUGUGAAGGCCUGUGAGAUGUUUGAAAAACAAUCUAUGGAGCGAAUCAACUUUCUGAGGAACACGGUGUGGACUCAUCUAAACCAGCUCUCCCAGCUGUGUGUGACCAGUGACGAGCUGUAUGAAGAAGUGAGAAAAUCGCUAGAGCAGUGUGACGUCUGGGAAGAUAUCGAACACUUUGUAAACCUCCGGCGGACCGGUGAUAAACCACCAGCUCCGGUUUCGUAUGAGAACUUCUACAGCAGUCAGAAGUCUCCCAGUGGAGCCCCACCCUCUCGACUGCCUCCACCAAUCACCAGGAGAGGGCCGUUACCUGAUCCAACACACAGCAGAGAAGAUGAUAUAAUCUACUCAACAGUGCAGGAUGCAAGCUACAGUGUUAUCCAGUACUGACCCACAGAUACGCUGCAGCAGUUACUGUGUGUCCUGUGCAGAGCUGGAGCUUUGUCACAUUGUGACAUUAAGUUUAUCUACGUCUUUCUACUUCCUCCUUUGUGCUUUCCUGUGAAGAUAAUUUCUUACCAGGUGGAAACGAGUGUCAUAACUGUGUACAAAUACACGGCUGAUUUGAGGUUAUCUGGUAUUUUAAACGCAUUUCGCUGUGUUAUAAACAGUAAAUUUGUUUCAUUUUAGGGAUUUUUUGUGUGUUUUUAUAAUCAAAACUGGCUAAA